GCAGUGAAGUCACAGGUUCCGUGACGUCACAGGUGGGCAGGUGCACUGGUCUGUAACGGAUUGGCUUGGCCUUACCCGCGAGGCUUUGCGGUGGCUGCUUGGCUUGGCGGUGGUCGUUUGGCUUGGCGUGGCAGUGAUCGCUUGGCUUGGCAUUUCUGGCUUGGCGGUCCUCCUUUCGCAGAUUGGAAACCGCGGUAUAUCCUGCUGGGCUCCUGGAGACACUGGCGUGGACAAGAGGGAUAGGAAGAAGAGGUAUGAGGAGGAACCCUGACACAUACUCAGAGUGAAAUGGGAGGCAAUCAGAUGGAUCUGAGCAGAAUGACAUCAUCUGACUUACGUUUUAAGUAUGGCCACUGAGAUGUUGCUUUGGUUAAAGGAAGAACACAAAUAUCCUGCCAAAAGGUAUUCUGUUCAGUGCAAAAGGCCUGCAGAUAAAACAUCUAAUGAAAAGAACGAGGUCAAAAACCAAAUAUAUCCUGAGGCUGACUUUGCUGACUCAAUGGAGCCAUCUGAAAUAGCCUCAGAGGAUUGUGAAUUGUCUCACUCUGUUUAUGAGAAUUUUAUGUUGCUGAUUGAACAACUUAGAAUGGAGUAUAAAGAUUCUGCUAGCCUAUCAAGAAUCCAAGACACAUUUUGUUUGUGUGAACACUUACUGAAACUUAAGAAUAAUCACUGUGACCAACUUACAGUAAAACUUAAACUAAUGGAAAGUAUGGUCAGUGUACUACAAAAUGAGCUAUCUGAAACAAAAAAGACAAAAUUACAGUUAGAACUUCAAAAAAUUGAAUGGGAGAAAGAGCUGUACGAUUUGAGGUUGUGCAGGAGAGAAACGGUGCCCAGAAGCAACUUUCUGAAGAACAGGAUGCCAGAAUAUUACAAGAUCAGAUUCUGACGAGUAAACAAAAGGAACUAGAAAUGGCUCGAAAGAAAAUGAAUUCUGAGAUUUCUCAUAGGCAUCAGAAAGAAAAGGAUCUCUUUCAUGAAAAUUGCAUGUUGCAGGAAGAAAUUGCCUUGCUGAGACUGGAAAUAGAUACAAUAAAAAAUCAGAACAAGCAAAAGGAAAAGGAAUAUUUUGAGGACAUUGAGGUUGUGAAAGAAAAGAAUGAUAACCUUCAAAAAAGUAUAAAACAAAAUGAGGAAACAUUAACAGAAACAAUACUCCAGUACAGUGGGCAGCUGAACAAUCUGACAGCUGAGAACAAAAUACUCAAUUCUGAACUGGAGAAUGGGAAACAGAACCAAGAAAGACUAGAAAUAGAAAUGGAAUCAUACCGUUGUAGACUGGCUGCUGCUGUACGUGACUGUGAUCAAAGUCAGACAGCAAGAGACCUAAAACUUGAUUUCCAGAGAACAAGACAAGAGUGGGUUCGUUUACAUGACAAAAUGAAGGUUGAUAUGUCUGGCCUACAAGCUAAGAAUGAGAUUCUUUCUGAAAAACUUUCUAAUGCUGAAAGUAAAAUUAACAGCCUACAAAUUCAGCUCCAUAACACAAGAGAUGCUCUUGGAAGAGAGAGUUUGAUUUUGGAACGUGUGCAAAGAGACCUCAGCCAGACACAGUGUCAGAAGAAAGAAACUUAACAAAUGUACCAAAUUGCACAAAGCAAACUGAAGAAAUACAUUGCCAAGCAGGAAUCUGUAGAGGAGAGAUUAUCUCAACUACACAGUGAAAAUAUGUUGCUUCAACAGCAACUGGAUGAUGCUCACAAGAAAGCUAACAGUCAGGAAAAGACAAGCAGUACUAUCCAAGACCAGUUUCAUUCUGCUGCCAAAAAUCUUCAAGCUGAGAGUGAAAAGCAGAUUCUUUCACUACAAGAGAAGAACAAGGAGCUGAUGGAUGAAUAUAAUCAUUUAAAAGAAAGAAUGGAUCAAUGUGAGAAAGAGAAAGCAGGAAGAAAAGUAGUUAUGAGAGAAUUCCAACAAGAAUGGACCGAUCUCCUAAAACAACAACCUACGUCAGAGGCUACCUCACGUUGUCACAUUAGUUUAGAUGAGACACAGGAUUCAAAGAAGAAAUUGGGUCAAAUCAGAAGUGAAAUUGACCUUACAGAAGCACAGGAAACUGUUCCUUCACGAUGUCUACAUCUGGAUGCAGAGAAUGAAGUUCUUCAACUUCAACAGACAUUAUUCUCUAUGAAAGCAAUACAAAAGCAAUGUGAAACACUACAGAAGAAUAAGAAGCAGCUGAAACAAGAAGUAGUAAACCUCGAAAGUUAUAUGGAAAGAAAUAUGUUAGAAAGUGGUGAAGCUGAAUGGCAUAAACUGUUGAUUGAAGAAAGAGCAAGGAAGGAGAUAGAAGAAAAAUUAAACGAAGCCAUUCUCACCUUGCAGAAACAAGCAGCAGUAUCUCAUGAACAGUUAGUACAGUUAAGGGAGGAUAAUACUACUUCAAUAAAAACUCAGAUGGAACUCAGAAUCAAAGAUCUGGAAUCUGAAAUCUCCAGAAUAAAAACUUCGCAAGCCGACUUUAAUAAAACCGAAUUGGAAAGAUAUAAGGAACUCUACCUAGAAGAAGUAAAAGUUAGAGAAUCCUUGUCAAAUGAACUCAGUAGAACUAAUGAGAUGAUAGCAGAGGUCAGUACGCAACUUACUGUGGAGAAAGAGCAGACCAGAUCCAGAUCUCUAUUCACUGCUUAUGCUGCAAGGCCAGUCCUAGAGUCACCUUGCGUUGGAAAUCUUAAUGAUAGUGAAGGUCUCAACAGAAAACAUAUUCCAAGAAAAAAGAGGUCUGCUCUUAAGGACAUGGAGAGCUACUUGUUGAAGAUGCAGCAGAAGUUGCAAAAUGAUCUAACUGCAGAAGUAGCAGCUGCUACUAAAUAUGAACCUGGAUCCUAUAUAGCUUCUCCUCUAGGAUUUACACACAAGGAAAAUCUGAAUCAAGAUCCAGUUUUGGAAGUAACAAAAGAAUAUGCACAGAUUUUAAGAAGAAAAUACAUACUCUGAAAGAUAAGGCAAUUUUAUUUGGGCUAUUCACAUGAUAUUUUGUUUCCCAUUAAAUAUAUGAUGUGAACAUUUUUGCUAAAGGGAAAUAUUCUAUAUUAUACAUGUCUGAUGAAAAUUUAUAUAGUAUUUUAAAUAAUGUUUCUUGGCCUCUUCAGCUAACUUUUAAGUGGAUUUUGCAAAUGAAAACCAGUAUUACUGAGUUUUACAUACUCGAACUGCCCAAAUGUUAGCUGUUUAAACAGCCAAAUAAUCAAGUUGCCAUUAAUAAUUUAGUGGAGCCAAUUGAUGGCUUGUUUGUAUUUUAUGAUUUUAUCUUUAUACAUAGUGAUAGAUUUAAGUUUAGAUAGACAUCAUUUUGGUAUACUGGUACUGUGGUCAUUGUCAAUGUUUGGAUGUAUUAUGAUUGUUAUAGUGCAAUCAAACUUAGAUAAUUUUAAUUUUAAGCACUGAUUUAUUUAGAUCUUUCCUUGUGGAAAAAUAAGGUUUGCCUAAGGCUUUUUGCUUUUUUAUUUAUUGUUUCAUUUCUUUAUUAGAUUAACUUUUGGGAAACAGUCUUAAAAUUGGAGAAAAUUUCCACAUUUUAGGAAAAACAGCUUUCCCCCUGUGGGCCAUUUGAGAGUAAAUUGCUGACAUUAUGCCAUCACAUCUGGUAUGUGGGUAUUCCCACAAGUCAGGACAUUUUAUAUAACUACUUCAUAAUCAGAAAGUUAACAUCAAUACACUUGAUCAUUUCAUUCUCAGUUUCUUUUCAAGUUUUCUUAAUUGUCUAUGAUGUUCUUUGUAGCAGAAGGAUCCCAUUCAGGUCCAUGAAUUUCAUUUAGUUGUCAUGACUCUUUCAGUCUGGAACAGUUCCUCAGUUUUUCUUUGACCUUUAUGACCUUAAAUCUUUUGAAGAGUAAAGUCCAAUAAUACAGAAUGUCCCUCCAUUGGAUUUCUCUGAAUUUUUUUUAUGAUAAGAUUUAGAUGAUAAUUUUUUUUUUUGGCAAGAGUAUCACAGAAGUUAUCCCAUGAUCUUCUCACUGCAUUCUAUCAGGUGACCUGCAAUUAUUAUUAUUUUUUAUUUUCAUCUUUUAAGUUCAGGGGUACAUGUGCAGGAUGUGCAGGAUGUCCAGGUUUGUUACAUAGGUAAAUAUGUGCCAUGGUGGUUUACUGCACAGAUCAUCCCAUCACAUAGGUAUUAAUAAUAGCCCAGCAUCCAUUAGCUGUUCUUCACGAUGCUCUCCCUUCUCUCACCCCCCACCAUCCCACAUGCCCCUGUGUGUGUUGUUCCCCGCCAUGUGUCCAUGUGUUCUCAUUAUUCAGCUCCCACUUGUAAGUGAGAGCAUGCAGUAUUUCAUUUUCUAUUUCUGCGUUGGUUUGCUGAGGAUAAUGUUCUGCAGCUCCACCCAUGUCCCUGCAAAGGACAUGUCUCAUUCCUUUUCAUGGCUGCAUAGUAUUCCAUGGUGUAUAUGUACCACAUUUUCUUUAUCCAGUUUAUCAUUGAUGGGCUUUUAGGUUGAUUCUUUGUCUUUGCUAUUGUGAAUAGUGCCGCAAUGAACAUACGUGUGCGUGUAUCUUUAUACUAGAAUUAGUUAUAUUCCUUUGGGUAUAUACCAAGUAAUGGGAUUGCUGGGUUAAAUGGUAUUUCAGGUUCUAGAUCUUUGAGGAAUCACCACACUGUCUUCCACACUGGUUGAACUAAUUUACACUCCUAUCAACAGUGUAAAAGCAUUCCUGUUUCUCCAUAAUCUUGCCAGCAUCUUUUCAUUUUUUUGAAUUAUAGCCAUUCUGACUGUUGUGAGAUGGUGUCUCAUUGUGGUUUUGAUUUGCAUUUCUCAGAUGAUCAGUGAUGUUGAGGUUUUUUUGUUUGUUGGCUGCAUGUAUGCCUUCUUUUGAAAAGUGUCUGUUUGUGUCCUUUGACCACUUUCUGAUGGGGUUGAGUUUUUUUUUCUUGUAAAUUUGUUUAAGUUCCUUGUAGAUGCUGGAUAUUAGACCUUUGUCAGAUGGAUAGAGUGCAAAAAUUUUCUCCCAUUCUGUAGGUUGUCGGUUUACUCUGUUGGUAGGUUCUUAAUGCUGUGCAGAAGCUCUUUAGUUUAAUUAGAUCCCAUUUGUCAAUUUUGGCUUUUGUUGCAAUUGCUUUUGGCAUCUUCGUCAUGAAAUCUUUGCCCUUGCCUGUGUCCUGAAUGGCAUUGCCUAGGUUUUCUUCCAGGAUUUUUAUAGUUUUGGGUUGUAGAUUUAAGUCUUUAAUCCAUCUGGAGUUAACUUUUGUAUAUGGGUUAAGGAAGGGGUCCAGUUUCAAUUUGCUGCAUAUGGCUAGCCAGUUCUCCCAGCACCAUUUAUUAAAUAGGGAAUCUUUUCCCCAUUGCUUCCUUUUGUCAGGUUUGUCAAAGAUCACAUGGUUGUAGGUGUGUGGUCUUAUUUCUGGGUUCUCCAUUCUGUUCCAUUGGUCUAUGUGUCGGUUCUUGUACCAGCACCAUGCUGUUUUGGUUACUGUAGUCUUGUAGUAUAUUUGAAGCUGGGUAGCAUGAUGCCUCUAGCUUUGCUCUUCUUGCUUAGGAUUGUCUUGGCUAUUUGGGCUCUUUUUUGGUUCCAUAUGAAUUUUAAAAUAGCUUCUUCUAGGUCUGUAAAGAAUGUCAAUAGUAGUUUAAUGGGCCUAGCAUUUAAUUUACAGAUUGCCUUGGGCAGUGUGGUCAUUUUCACGAUAUUGAUCCUUCCCGUCUGUGAGCAUAUGUUUUUCCAUUUGUUUGUGUCAUCUCUGAUUUCUUUGAAUAAUGGUUUAUAGUUAUCCUUGAAAAGGUCCUUCACUUUUCUUGUUAGCUGUAUUCCUAGGUAUUAUACUCUUCUUGUGGCAAUUGUGAAUGGGAGUUAAUUCAUGAUUUUUCUCUCGGCUUGCCUGUUGUUGGUGUAUAGGAAUGCUAGUGACUUUUGCACAUUGAUUUUGUAUCCUGAGACUUUGUUGAAGUUGCUUAUCAGCUAAGAAGUUUUUGAGCUGAGAUGAUGGAGUUUUCUAGAUAUAGGAUCAUAUCAUCUGCAAACAAAGAUAGUUUGACUUCCUGUCUUCCUAUUUGAAUAGCUUUUCUUUCUUUCUCUUGCCUGAUUGCCUUGGUGAGAAUUUCUAAUACUGUGUUGAAUAGGAGUUGGUGAGAGAGGGCAUCUUUGUCUUGUGUCAGUUUUCAAGGGAACGCUUCCAGGUUUUCAGGUACUCAGGCAACAAAUAGCGUUACGAAUAGAAUAGUACCUCACAUCUCAAUGCUAAUGUUGAACGUAAAUGGCCUAAAUGCUCCACUUAAGAGAUAUAGAAUGGCAGAAUGGGUAAGAAUUCACCAACCAAGUUGCUGCUGUCUUCAGGAGACUCACCUAACACAUACGGACUCACAUAAACUUAAGGCAAAGGGUUGGAAAAAGACACUUUGUCUAAAUAGACACGUCAAAAGCGAGCAGGAGUAGCUGUUCUUAUAUCAGACAAAACGGACUUUAAGACAACAGCAGUUUUAAAAAGACAAAGAGGGACAUUAUAUAAUGAUAAAAGGACUAGUUCAACAGGAAAAUAUCACAGUCCUAAAUAUAUAUGCACCUAAUACUGGAGAUCCCAAAUUUAUAAAACAAUUACUACUAGACAUAAGAAAUGAGGUAGUUGGCAACACAAUAAUAGUGGGGGAUGUUAAUACUCCGCUGGCAGCACUAGGCAGAUCACCAAGACAGAAAGUCAACAAAGAAAUAAUGGACUUAAACUAUACCCUAGAACAUAUGGACUUAACAGAUGCUUACAGAACAUUCUACCCAACAAGCAUAGAAUAUACAUUGUAUACAUCAGAACACGGGACAUUCUCCAAAAUAGACCAUAUGAUAGGGCACAAAACCAGUCUCAGUAAAUUUAAGAAAAUCAGAAUUAUAUCAAGUACUCUCUCAGACCACAGUGGAAUAAAAUUGGAAAUUAAUUCCAAAAGGAACACUCAAAAGCAUGCAAAUACAUGGUAAUUAAAUAACCUACUCCUGAAUGAUUGUUGGGUCAACAAUGAUAUCAAGAGGGAAAUUUAAAAAUUCUUUGAACUGAACGAUAAUAGUGACACAACCUAUCAAAAACUCUGGGAUACAGCAAAAGUGGAGCUAAGAAGAAAAUUCAUAGCAUUAAAUGCCUAUAUCAAAAAGUCUGAAAGAGCACAAAUAAACAAUCUAAGGUCACACCUCACAGAAUUAGAGAAACUAGAACAGUCCAAAUCCAAACCCAGCAGAAGAAAAGAAAUAACAAAAUCAGAACAAAACUAAAUGAAAUUGAAACAAAAAAAUACAACAGAUAAAUGAAACAAAAAGCUGGUUCUUUGAAAGGAUAAAUAAAAUUGAUAAGCAUUAGCAAGAUUAAUCAAGAAAAGAAGAGAGAAGAUCCAAAUAAGCUCUAUUAGAAAUGAAAUGGGAGAUAUUACUACUGAUACCACAGAAAUACAAAAGAUUAUUCAAGACUACUAUGAACAUCUUCACAUCCAUAAACUAGAAAACCUACAGGAGAUCGAUAAAUUCCUGGAAAUAUACAACCCUCCUGGAUUAAAUUAGGAAGAUAUAGAGACUCUGAACAGACCAAUGAGAAGCAGCAAGAUUGAAAAUGGUAAUUUAAAAAUUGCCAACAACAAAAAAGUCCAGGACCAGAUGGAUUCACACCUGAAUUCUAUCAGACAUUCAAAGAAUUGGUACCCAUCCUAUUAACACUAUUUCACAGGAUAGAGAAAGAGAAAUCUUCCCUAAAUCAUUUGAUGAAACCAAAAUCACCAUGAUAUGGUUUGGCUCUGUGUCCCCACCCAAAUCUCAUCUUUUAGCUCCCAUAAUUCCCACAUGUUGUGAGAAGGACCCAGUAGGAGAUGAUUGAAUCAUGAGGGCGGGUCUUUUCCAUGCUGUUCUCAUGACAGCGAGUGAGUGUCACAAGAUCUGAUGGUUUUAAAAACAGGACUUUCUCUACACAAGCUCUUUCUUUUUGCCUGCUGCCAUCCACGUAGGAUGUGACUUGCUCUUCCUUGACUCCACCAUGACUUUGAGGCCUCCCCAAAUAUGUGGAACUGUAAGUCAAAUAAACCUCUUUCUUUUGUAAAUUGCCCAGUCUCAGGUAUGUCUUUAUCAGCAGUGUGAAAAUGGACUAAUACACACCCUAAUACUGAAACAGACUAAUAGACACCCUAAUACCAAAAACAAGGAAGGACAUAAUGAGAAAAGAAAGCUACAGACCAACAUCCCUGAUGAACAGAGAUGCAGUAAUCCUCAAAAAAAAUACUAGCUAGCUGAAUCUAACAACAUAUCAAAAAGAUAAUCCAUCAUGAUCAAGUGGGUUUCAUACCAGGGAUGCAGGGAUGGUUUAACAUCUACAAGUCAAUAAAUGCGAUACACUACAUAAACAGAAUUAAAAAACAAAAGUCACAUGAUCAUCUCAAUAGAUGCAGAAAAACCACUUGAGAAAAUCCAGCAUCCUCAUUUUAUUAAGACCCUCAGCAAAAUCAGCAUAGAAGGGACAUACAUUAAGAUAAUAAAAGCCAUCUAUGACAAACCCACAGCCAGCAUUAUACUGAACAGGGAAAAGUUGAAAGCAUUCCUCCUGAAAACUGGAAGAAGACAAGAUUGCCCACUUUCUCCACUUCUAUUCAACAUGGUACUGGAAGUUCUAGCCAGAGCAAUCAGACAAGAGAAAGAAAUCAAGGGCAUCCAAAGUGGUAAAGAAGAAGUCUGCCUAUUGCUGUUUCCCAAUGAUAUGAUUGUAUACCUAGAAAACCCUAAAGACUCAUCCAAAAAGCUUCUAGAACUGGUACAUGCAUUCAGCAAAGUUUCAGGAUACAGAGUUACACACAAGUGUGCACAAAUCCGUAGCUGUGCUAUACACCUUCAGCGACCAAGCCAAGAAUCAAAUCAAUAACUCAACCCUUUUUACAAUAGCUACAAAUAAUAAUAAUAAUAAUAAUAAAAUACUUAGGAAUGUUCCUAACCAAGGAGGUGAAAGAUCUCUGCGUGGAAAACUACAAAACACUACUGAAAGAAAUCACAGAUGACACAAACAAAUGGCAGCACAUCCCAUGCUCAUGGAUGGGUAGAAUCAAUAUUGUGAAAAUGACCAUACUGCCAAAAGCAAUCUACACAUUUAAUCCAAUUCCCAUCAAAAUACCACCAUCAUUCUUUAGAAAAUGAUGAAAAAUAAUCCCAAAAUUCAUAUGGAACCAAAAAAGAGCCUACAUAGCCAAAGGAAGACUAACCAAAAAGAAUAAAUCUGGUGACAUCACAUUACCUAACUCCAAACUAUUCUGUAACACCAUAGUCACUAAAACAGCAUGAUACUGGUAUAAAAAUAGGCACAUAGACCAAUGGAACAGAAUAGAGAACCCAGAAUUAAAGCCAAAUACUUACAGCCAGCUGAUCUUCAACAAAGUGAGGAAAGGACACCCUAUUCAACAAAUAGUGCUGGGAUAAUUGGCUAGCCACAUUUAGGAGAAUGAAACUGGAUCCUUAUCUCUCACCUUAUACAAAAAUCAACUCAAGAUGGAUCAAGAACUUAAGACCUGAAGCCUUAAAAAUUCUAGAAGAUAACACUGGAAAAACCCUUCUAGACAUUGGCUUAGGCAAAGACUUCAUGACCAAGAAGCUCAAAACAAAUGCAACAAAAACAAAAGAUAAAUAGAUGGGACUUAACUAAACUAAAAAGCUUUUGCACAGCAAAAGAAAUAAUUAGCAGAGUUAACAGACAACACACAGAGUGGGAGAAAAUCUUCACAACCUACACAUCCAACAAAGGACUAAUAUUCAGAAUCUACAAAGAACUCAAAUCAGUAAGAAAGAAAACAAUCCCAUAAAAAAGUGGGCUAAGGACACGAAUAGACAAUUCUCAAAAGAAAAUAUACAAAUGGCCAACAAGCAUAUGGAAAAAUGCUCAACAUCACUAAUGAUCAGGGAUAUGCAAAUCAAAACCACAACGCGAUAUCACCUCAUUCCUGUAAGAAUGGCAAUAUUAAAAAAAAUAAAAAAUAAUAGAUGUCGGCAUGGAUGUGGUGGAAAGGGAACACUUCUAUAGUGUUGAUGCUAAUGUAAACUAGUACAACCACUACGGAAAACGGUGUGGAGAUUGCUUAAAGAACUAAAAGUAGAUCUACCAUUUGAUCCAACAACCCCAUUCCUCAGUAUCUACCCAGAGGAAAAGAAGUCAUUAUACAAAAAAGAUACUUGUACACACGUUUAUAGCAGCAAAAUUCAUAAUUGUGAAAAUAUGGAACCAGCCCAAAUGCCCAUCAGUCAAUGAGUGGAUAAAGAAAAUGUGAUAUGUACACACACACCCCAUGGAAUACUACUCAGCCAUAAAAAGGAGCAAACUGGAUGGAAUUGGAGACCAUUCUUCUAAUUGCAGCAACCUGGAUGGAAUUGGAGACCAUUCUUCUAAGUGAAGUAGCUCAAGAAUGGAAAACCAAACAUCAUAUGUUCUCAUAUGUGGGAACUAAGCUAUGAGAAUGUAAAGGCAUAAGAAUGAUACAGUGGACUUUGGGGACUCAGGGGAAAUGGUGGGAAGGGAGUGAGAAAUAAAAGACUACACAUUGAGUACGGUGUACACUGCUCGGGUGAGGGAUGCACCAAAAUCUCAAAAAUCACCACUAAAGAACUUAUUUAUAUAACCAAACACCACCUGUUCCUUAAAAACCUAUUGAAAUAAAAAGUAAAUUUAAAAAAACCUCCUGGAUUCAUUGAUUUUUUUGAAGGUUUUUUUGUGUCUCUAUUUCAGUUCAGCUCUGAUCUUGGUUAUUUCUUGUCUUCUGCUAGCUUGGGAGUUUGUUUCCUCUUGGUUCUCUAGUCCUUUUAGUUGUAAUAUUAGGUUGUUAACUUGAGAUCUUUCUCUCUUUUUGAUGUGGGCAUUUAGUGCUAUAAAUUUUCCUCUUAACACUGCUUUAGCUGAGUCCUGGAGAUUCUGUUAUGUUGUCUCUUUGUUCUAAUUAGUUUUAAAACACUUCUUGAUCUCUGCCAUAAUUUUAUUAUUUACCCCAAAGUCAUUCAGGAGCAGAUUGUUCAAUUUCCAUAUAGUUGUGUGGUUUUAAGUGAAUUUCUUAAUCUUGAGAUCUAAUUUGAUUGUGCUGUGGUCUGAGAGACUCUUUGUUAUGAUUUCAGUUAUUUUUCAUUUGCUGAGGAGUGUUUUUCUUCCUAAUUUAUGAUUAGUUUUAGGGUAAGUGUCAUGUGGCUAUGAGAAGAAUGUAUAUUCGCUUGUUUUUUGUUGGAGAGUUCUGUAGAUAUCUAUCAUGUCUACUUGAUCCACAGCUGAGUUCAGGUCCUGAAUAUCUUUGUUAAUUUUCUGUCUCCAUGAUGUGUCUAAUAUUGUCAUUGUGGUGUUAAAGUCUCCCACUAUUAUUGUGUGGGAGUCUAAGUCUCUUUGAAGGUCUCCAAUAACUUGCUUUAUGAACCUGGGUGCUCUUGUAUAGGGUGCAUACAUAUUUAGGAUAGUUAGCUCCUCUGGUUGAAUUGAACCCUUUACCAACAGGUAGUGCUCUUCUUUGUCUUUUUUGAUCUUUGUUAAUUUAAAGUCUGUUUUGUUAGAAACUAGGAUUGCAAGCUCUGUUUUUUUCUGCUUUCUGUUUGCUUGGUAAAUUUUCCUCCAUCCCUUUAUUUUUAGCCUAUGUGUUUCUUUGUGUGUGAGAUGGGUCUCUUGAAUACAGCAUACUGAUGGGUCUUGGUUCUUUAUCUAGCUUGCCAUUCUGUGUCUUUCAUUGGAGAACACAUUGAGAUUUAAGGUUAGUAGUAUUAUAUGUGGAUUUGAUCUCAUCAUCAUGAUGCUAGCUGGUUAUUUUGCUAACUUGUUCAUGUGGUUGCUUCACAGUGUCACUGUUCUUUGUACUUUAGUGUGUUUUUCUGGUGCCUGGUAAUGGUUUUUCCUUUUCAUAUUUACUGCUUCCUUCAGGAGCUCUUGCAAGACAGGUCUGGUAGUAACAAGUUCCCUCAGCAUUUGCUUGUCUGAAAAGCAUCUUAUUUAUCCUUUGCUUAUGAAGCUUGGUUUGGCCAGAUGUGAAAUUCUGGGUUGGAAAUUCUUUUCUUUAAGAAUGUUGAAUAUUGGUUCCCAGUAUCUUCUGACUUGUAGGGUUUCCACUGAGAGGUCGGCUGUUCAUCUGAUGGGGUUCCCUUUGUAGGUGACCCGGCCUUUCUGUCUGACUGCCCUUAACAUUUUUUCUUUCAUUUAGAGUUUGGAGAAUCUGAUGAUCAUGUGUCUCGGGGAUGAUCUCCUCGUGGAGUAUCUCACUGGAGUUCUCUGGAUUUCUUGAAUUUGAGUGUUGGCCUGUCUUGCUAGAACUAACUUGGGGAAGUGAGUUCUCUUGAAUCCUAUGCCGAAGUAUGUUUUCCAACUUGGUUCCAUUCUCCUUGUCUUUUUCAGGUACCCCAAUCCAUCACAGAUUCGUUCUCUUUAUGUAAUCCCAUAUUUUUUGAUGGUAUCGUUCGUUCCUUUUCAUUCUUUUAUCUCUAUUCUUGUCUGCCUGUCUUAUUUCAGAAAGAUCGUCUUCAAGCUCUGAGAUUCUUUUCUUGGGCUAUUCUGCUGUUAAUAAUUGUGAUUUCAUUGUGAAGUUCUUGUAGUGUGUUUUUCAGCUCUAACAGUGCUGGGAUUACAAGCGUGAGCUACCACACCCAGCGAGGAAGCCAAGUUUAACGUGUGUGCUCCACUCCUCCAACCUGGCCAAAGGGCAGUCAUCAUCACCGGCCACUACUGACCACAGCCUUUAGAAACUCCCCUUGAACAUGCUGGGCUGACCUUCCUCUGAUCACAGGCAAGGCAAAGGGAAACGACAGACCCUUGCCUUCCCGGUCCUCAAGGGUCAGCUGUAAGAUGAUGUCAUAAAGCCGGAUCAGGUCCUGAGGCCGGGGGAAGCACUUGCUGUCAUCCUCUGGCUGCUGCUGCAGCUGAGCCCUCUGCAGACCUUUGGCCAUGCUCUCAUUACGCUUGAUUGCCAUUGACAGCUUGAUGUAAGUCAGGUGGACAAAUAGAAGCUGAGGGUGAAGGACCUACAGCUGUCACCUUCAUCUCUUCUCAACACUGCCAACUGUCCCCUUGGAUCUCCCAGACAGACAACAAGGGACAUCUCUGGUUUCUCAGUGCCCCCUAGAAACCUCGGGUCAUUUCAAGGCAUUAUGCAAAUGAGAAGCUUCCCUUCUCUUCACCUCAUCUCCUGGUCUGCACAAAAGUGACUGUAGGACCCGGUGUUGGUACCGAUGUAGGCACCAAUCCUCAGUUUACCACCUGCUCUCUACUUGCUUCCCUGCCAUAACUUUCUAAAAGGGAUGUGAGCCAUGUUUAAAGUCACCUGGUCACUGGAGGGAUCUUGUUCUACCCCCUGUAGUAGUACCUCUGUAGGGUAGUACCCACUGUAGGGAUCUUGUUCUACAUCAGUGGUUGCCAACCUUUUUGGCACCAGGGACUGGUGUUGUGGAAGACAAUUUUCCACGGACUGGGGGGCUGGGGGGAAUGGUUUCAGGAUCAAACUGUUCCACCUCAGAUCAUCAGGCAUUAGAUUCUCAUAAGGAGGGCACAACCUAGAUUGCUAGCAUGCCCAGUUCGCAAUAGGGUUCGUUCUCCUGCGAGAAUGGCAUGCCGCUGCUGAUCUAACAGGAGGCAGAGCUCAGGCGGUAAUGGGAGCAAGGGGGAGCGGCUAUAAAUACAGCUCACCGCUCACCUGCUGCUGUGCAGCCCGGUUCCUAACAGGCCAUGGACGGUACUGGUCUGUAGCCCAGGAGUUGGGGAAUCCUGCUCUACAGAGUUUCCAACCUCAGAGAUGAAGCAUCCCCUCUGUAAGUCAGAAAGAAAUUAUUCAAGCAGGAGAAUUAAAACAGGAUCACAGAGAGGGAGGCUGAAGAAUCUGACAUUCUGUGUUGUUUACUUGUAUGAGGAAAACAGCACAUAGAGGCAUCCACAGUAUUUAAUUUGUUUGGAUAACAGUUACAGAUAAACAGGUACACCCCAUAUACAAUUACCAAUACUUUUUAUACAGUUCAUAUUUCAGUACAUCAACACUAUUUUAUUUACACUCUAUUUAUAUACAUUAACAUCUUUCUAAAGUCAGUGCAUUGUCAACACGUUUUAUACAGUAAUUUACAAGGUGAAUGUAGUUAAUAGUUAAUUUAAUAAAUUUUCUGCUAGUUCAUGAAUUAAAAAAAUUAAUUACAACCAGUAUAACACACACAGAUCAAACAACAUUAGUAGAUUGUGCUACCUGCUUAAAUAAAACAUCUGUAAAGAAAUUAUUUAAAAUCUUCCACUUUUUAACGGGACAUGUACACGUAGGAAUGGACAGAUUUUAUAUACUGAAAAUCUUGAAACUAUAAAGUAUGCAUUUUGUCUGAGUUUAUUACAUUAGAUAAUUUUGGCCACUCCUACCUAUUUGCAAUUAUAUUUUUUCUGAAAAGGAUUUCAAUUUAGGUAGCCAUUUAAGAUAACCUUUCCAAAUGCUCUGAGAACUAGAUAUUAAUAGUUACUGGCCUCAGAUAUCAGAACACAAAUGCCUAGUUACACUGGUAAUUACUACCUAUGAGGAAGAAAGUGUAGUGGAAUCUGUCAAUUAAUGAGAAUCAACUUGCAGGGUCUAAAUGAAUAAACAAAGACCAAAAAUAAGGUGAAACAUUUCCUUCAAGUAUAUAUUAAAAAACUACACCAAAAAAAUUCUAUCUGAAAUAAAUAACAUUUAUACUUUUGUUCCAGUCUUGAAUAAUUAGGGGAAAAAAAUGAAGUAAACAAAGAAACAUAACUUUCAAUGACUACUGUAAAAUUUAAAAAAAAGACAAAUAUCAAAAUAAAAAUUAGUGGACGUGCAAACGAAGCAAAACUAAAGUUGACUUCCUAAAACCACCAAUUUCAUUAAAUAUACUUAUGAACUCCUAAUGUCUGGGAUGUGUUUUGUUUGUAAUUUAUAGGCCUUAGAGCCAUCAAAUACACACAAGCAAGUUCAUUUGCAUGUGUUCUCUCUUUUUUAAAGUGCAAAAUAAACACGGAAAAGAACAACCACUAAUUGUGAAACGUGAUCUAGCUCCGAUGCCGCUUACCUUCCCAGAAGCUCUUGUUGCAACAUGUGCAUGUGAAGAUGGUGCAAAUAUUGAUUCCUGCUCUCUCAGAGGCAGGACUGUAACAUACCAGGAAGGGUGGAAGCCUCCAGAGAUCCAGCUUCUUUGUUGCUAAGCAGUGGGUCUUACACUUGGAACAGUAGUACAUCUCAUCUUCCCCUAGCUCUUCCUCACUGGGGAAAGCACGGAGACAGCUGUCCAGGUUGAUGGGCUCGACUUGCGCUCGCCGACUCUGCUCCACACUCUCAUGCUCAUCUACAACCUGUAGGUAGAGGGAACAGGAGGAAAGGGGUGUGUGGGAAGGCAUUUAAACUGGUGAUCUAGCUAUGCAUCAACCUCUCGGUCACUCACCCUUAUUUUACUCUAUAUAAGGAAAAAGAAAAUAUAACUGGCUGGGUAUGGUGGCUCAGGCCUGUAAUCCCAGCACUUUAGGAGGCUGAGGUGGGGGGAAUUGCUUGAGUCCAGGAGUUCGAAACCAGCCUGGCCAACAGAGUGAGACCCUGUCUAUGUGAAAGAAAAACCUAAAAAUUAGCUGGGCGUUGUGGCGCAUGUCUCUAGUCCCAGCUACUCAGGAGGAUUGCUUGAGCCUGGGAGUAGAGGUUGCAGUGAGCUGUGAUUACACCACUGCACUGCAGCCCAGAUGACAGAGAGAGACCCUGUCUCAAAAAAAAAAAAAGGGAAAAGAAAACACAACCCAAACUAGAGUCUGAGAAAAUACAGCACCUACACAUUUAUUCACAAAUGUUACAUUGUAACAUUCUGGAUAAAAUUUCUAUUUAUAUGAUCAUAGCUUUUCUUGAAAAAUUUUUGAAUGCUUCAAAAUGACAAAAAGAACUGCAUUUAUUUAACAACUUUGGAAUCCUAUAAGGGAUUACAUGUGAGCUGGCCCUCAAGCCAGGGGUGGUGAUAGUAAGCCAUUUAUCUUUAAUCAGAAAGCCAGAGCAUUAUUAGUAUGCUGCAGAGUUUACAGAGGCUAGGAGAAAUAACAUGAAACACAGAAACCAGAGCUGGAUGAAAUAAGGGCACAGAAAAGCUCACCAUGAGAAGACAACACAGUAGAGCACGAAACACCACAGGGUACAACUCAUUUACAUCUGAUCCCAUGUAACACAGUUAUCAGAAUACCAAGUCUAUACUUAUCUGUCUCCUCCCUCAUGGGGCCUUUUUAUCUGAGAUGGCAACAAAAGGAAGAACAAGCUCAAGAGUGUGCUGCUUUUGUUGAGAAGGCCCCUAAUACCCACCCAAACCUUUGGGGUCCUGUUAAUCAGCAUGUUAGGCUGUGGAGCAAGAAGGAGUUAAGUGUAAGAAAGGAGAGAGAGCAAAGAAUGGGUGGGGUGCAGGGAUAUGUGUUGGGGGUAGUGUAGAAUGAAGAAGGAGGAGAGAAGGAAGGAUCUAGAGUGCAGCAGAAAAGAAAGAAUAUUUCCCUCUCCAUGCCUGGCUGCUACCUGACAAACAAUCAAGAACCAUAGAGCUGGGAUCCUUCUGUUUGUCCCUCUAAUGUAUGGGAAGGUGGGUGAAGCAUCAGGGUUAUGAAUGCUACCAUAAGACUUCACACAGUUUAUAUUUGUGUCCCAAAGCAGAGCCCGGACCACAAGGCCCAUACUGACUGCCUCUCUGUGGCAAACGUCACAUAUGUCCAUCACCCACCCUAUUUAUUGCUCCUCACCCUUCCAGAGGUGAACUUCCUCCAUGAAUUUCCCUUCCUGAAACUCACGAUGGGAACCUUAGGCUGCCUGGAAUACAAAUUGGCACAGCUCAAGACAUGCAGCUUAGCAUGGGUUUUCAGGCGAGACUUUUUCCCUAUGUGAGAGUCACGAGGCUGUCAAAUGCUGUUAUAAACAAGCAAGGUUGGGUUUGAUCAUGCAGUUAAGGUUCUAGCACUGCAUAAUUAUCCAGGCUAAAGAGCUCAUUUAAAAAGGGGAACUUAGAGGAAAAUUCUUUUUUUAGAAAAGGAAAUCUGACUUGGACUUGGGUUAUAGACUUCUUUUUUGAGUACAAAUUCUGUAGUAACAAGAUAUUAACUGUCAUCAUCUUUUGAACUGGUCACUCAAGGAAAAAACUGAUGUGCUUCAAAAGGAAACAUGCUGUAUCAUAGUUGUUGGAAUGAGUAGAAAAAGGGGUGUAUCAUAUACGAUAGUGUUUCCUUUCUCAUAGCCAGUUAAAUAUUAUCUCUAUUAUCUCUACCAGGAAUACUUUAUGGCCAAGCACAAAUUAGAGUAAGCUAGUAAAGAAUGUUGAAUUUUAUUGACUAUAUUUUCUGUGGAACACAGGCUACAGUGCUAGAUGAAGACAGGGAGGAAAGAAGGCUGAUAAAAAAACAUAUUUGUGGACUGUACUGACAAUAAUUUCUAUUUAUCAGUAAAAUUUCCCAAAGUGAUAAAGAUUCCCUUUACCUCUUGGGAUCUAUGCUUAGAUCCUCUACUAUUGUUUAAACAGUCUAUGAAUUACUUAUAGGCACCCUCUUCUUUUUCAGAGUUGCUUUAAAGCUCAUCUUAACACAAAACACAGGAAAUGAAGUAAUAGUCUUCAUAUAAGACUAUUAAAAAAAAAGAGAGAGAGGCCUAAGAAUUUGUCUAGUUUAAUUUUCUUUUUUUCUUUUUUUUUUUUUUGAGACAGGGUCUUGCUUUGUUACCCAGGCUGGAGUGCAGUGGCGAGAUCACAGCUCACUGCAGCCUUGAUCUCUUGGGCUCAAGCAAUCCUCCAACCUCAGCCUCCCAAGAAGCUGGGACUAUAGGUGCACAACACCACACCUGGCUAAUUUGUGCAUUUUUUGUAAAGAUAGGGUGACAUCAUAUUGCCCAGGCUGGCAUCUAGUUUAAUUUUCUACUGAGGAAUCUGAGGUCCAAACAGGAGAGAAAUGUAAAGGAUAAGAGUGAGUGUCCCUGUAUUUUUUUCUGAUUACUAGGUAUAAUAUUCAUGUGGAAAUUUUGGAAAGCAGAGAAAAAUGUAAAAAGGCAGGGAAUCCUUUUAUAUUCUUAAUACAAAGGCAACCACUGUCAAAAUUUUGGCAUAUUUUCUUCUGUCCUUUUUCCUAAAUAGUAUUUUUUUCAAUAUUGAAGGUAUUAUUUCCAGUAUAUGCAACUUUAUGUCUUGUUUUUAAAAAAAUGUUCACAUAUCAUAAGCAUGUUCCCAUAAAUGUUAGCAAAAACUCCUGGUAAUCAUUUUCAACAACUGCAUUAUAGUUUAUCCAAUGAAUACACCAUGCUUUAUUUAACCAUUCCUCUAAUGUGAGACAAAUAUAAGUUGUUAAUAACUUUUUACUAUCCUAAAAAAUGCUAUGAUGAUAUUUGCCUGCAAAUUAUGGAGUAAUUACAGAGUAUUCUCCCCUCAGAUAAAUUCCUAAAAGGGAAAUCACUGGAAUAAAAAAUAUAAAGCAUAUGGACAAUAAUCCCAAUUUAAAAAGAUGUUAAUGUAUAUAAAUAGAGUGUAAAUAAAAUAGUGUUGAUGUACUGAAAUAUGAACUGUAUAAAAAGUAUUGGUAAUUGUAUAUGGGGUGUACCUGUUUAUCUGUAACUGUUAUCCAAACAAAUUAAAUACUGUGGAUGCCUCUA